AUGGAGCUUCUUCGAAACCAGAGGGCCAAGCCAUCCUCUAGCAGCAGCCGGUUCGGGUUACUUGGUCUUCUUGCUGUCUUCAUCUUCGGCUUCUUAGCUUCAUUCUCCGCAGCGGAAGUUCACUACCAUGAAUUUGUCAUUGAAGCAAAACCAGUGAAGAGGCUGUGCAGAACUCAUACCACCAUCACAGUGAAUGGGCAGUUCCCAGGGCCAACAUUGGAGGUUCGAAAUGGAGACACGCUAGUCAUUAAAGCCAUCAAUCGAGCUCAAUAUAACAUCUCCCUCCAUUGGCAUGGAGUUAGGCAGCUCAGGAAUCCAUGGGCUGAUGGUCCCGAGUAUGUGACUCAGUGUCCCAUCCAGCCUGGAGCGACCUUCACUUACCGCUACACAAUCCAAAACCAGGAAGGCACUCUAUGGUGGCAUGCACACAGCAGAUGGCUCAGGGCAACAGUUUAUGGUGCCCUAAUCAUCCGUCCCAAAAUGGGUUCUCCAUAUCCUUUCCCAACCCCCAAGCGAGAAUACCCAGUCGUUCUAGGGGAGUGGUGGGACAGGAAUCCUCAGGAUGUAAGGAAGCUGGCACUUUACACGGGAGCAGCUCCCAAUGUCUCUGAUGCCUACACCAUUAACGGCCAGCCUGGUGAUCUUUAUAGAUGCUCCAACAAAGAAACCAUGAAGUUCCAAGUGGAUUCAGGGGAAAAGAUCCUGCUCAGAGUAAUCAAUGCUGCAAUGAACCAAGAACUCUUCUUUGCUGUUGCCAACCACAAGCUCACAGUCGUGGAAGCUGAUGCUUCUUACACCAAACCUUUCACAACUUCUGUCAUAAUGGUCGGCCCAGGCCAAACCACCAAUGUACUCCUGACAGCCGACCAGACCCCCGGUAGAUACUACAUGGCGGCUCGAGCCUAUCAGACUGCGCAGAAUGCAGCUUUUGACAACACAACCACUACUGCAAUUCUUGAAUACGAUUCUGCUCCUUGCAAUGCCAAGAACGGGAAGCAGAAAUCCUUCCCUUUAGCUCCAGUUCUCCCACAGCUUCCGGCUUUCAACGACACAAACACAGCAAGAGCAUUCAUUUCCCAGGUAAAGGGCCUUAAAUCCAAGGGGAAAGUGCCUACCAAGAUCGACAAGAGCUUGUUCUUCACAGUGGGACUGGGCCUCAUUAACUGCACGAAUCCAAAUAGUCCACGUUGCCAGGGUCCCAAUGGGACGAGAUUCACUGCCAGCAUCAACAACAUCUCAUUCGUGUUCCCCAGGAGGAAUUCCCUGAUGCAGGCGUAUCUUCAGGGCCAGCAAGGCGUGUUCACUACUGAUUUCCCUUCAUCGCCACUAGUAAAAUUUGAUUACACGGGGAAUGUGAGCAGAGGGCUCUGGCAGCCGGUUCAUGGGACUAAGCUAGUUAAGCUCAAGUAUGGUGCCAAUGUGCAGAUCGUGUUGCAGGAUACUAGCAUUGUCACGACAGAGGAACACCCAAUGCAUAUCCAUGGCUACAAUUUCUACGUCGUGGGUAUGGGUACCGGAAACUUCAACCCUGCAAAGGAUCCUGCUAACUUCAACCUCAUCGACCCACCUCAUAGGAACACCAUUGGAACUCCGCCUGGAGGAUGGGUUGCCGUCAGAUUUGUAGCUGACAAUCCAGGAAUAUGGCUGCUGCAUUGCCAUAUUGACUCGCAUUUGACAUGGGGCUUGGCGACGGCUUUGCUGGUGGAGAAUGGAGUGGGGACAUUGCAGUCUGUUCUGUCUCCACCGCUGGACCUGCCACGAUGCUAA